GAGGAGGGGGAGGAGGGAGCGGGAGAUCUCGGGGCUCGGAGCCGGCCGCCGCUCCGCUCCGAUCGCUGUGGGGCUCGGUUUUUUGGGGGUGGGGGGGCGGGGGGGCUCAGAUAUGGAGGCAAAUGGGAGCCAAGGCACCUCGGGCAGCGCCAACGACUCCCAGCACGACCCCGGUAAAAUGUUUAUCGGUGGACUGAGCUGGCAGACCUCACCAGAUAGCCUUAGAGACUAUUUUAGCAAAUUUGGAGAAAUUAGAGAAUGUAUGGUCAUGAGAGAUCCCACUACGAAACGCUCCAGAGGCUUCGGUUUCGUCACGUUCGCAGACCCAGCAAGUGUAGAUAAAGUACUAGGUCAGCCCCACCACGAGUUAGAUUCCAAGACGAUUGACCCCAAAGUUGCAUUUCCUCGUCGAGCGCAACCCAAGAUGGUCACAAGAACAAAGAAAAUAUUUGUAGGCGGAUUAUCUGCGAACACGGUGGUGGAAGACGUGAAGCAGUAUUUCGAGCAGUUUGGCAAGGUGGAGGAUGCAAUGCUGAUGUUUGAUAAGACGACCAACAGGCACAGAGGGUUUGGCUUUGUCACUUUUGAGAAUGAAGAUGUGGUGGAGAAAGUCUGUGAGAUUCAUUUCCAUGAAAUCAAUAAUAAAAUGGUAGAAUGUAAGAAAGCUCAGCCGAAGGAAGUCAUGUUCCCACCUGGGACAAGAGGCCGGGCCCGGGGACUGCCUUACACCAUGGAUGCGUUCAUGCUUGGCAUGGGGAUGCUGGGCUACCCCAACUUCGUGGCGACCUAUGGCCGCGGCUACCCCGGAUUUGCUCCUAGCUAUGGCUAUCAGUUCCCAGGCUUCCCGGCAGCGGCUUACGGACCAGUGGCAGCGGCGGCAGUGGCGGCAGCCAGAGGAUCAGUCCUGAAUAGCUACAGUGCUCAACCGAAUUUUGGCGCGCCCGCUUCCCCGGCAGGCUCCAACCCCGCGCGGCCCGGAGGCUUCCCGGGGGCCAACAGCCCAGGACCUGUCGCCGAUCUCUAUGGCCCUGCCAGCCAGGACUCCGGAGUGGGGAAUUACAUAAGUGCGGCCAGCCCACAGCCGGGCUCGGGCUUCGGCCACGGCAUAGCUGGACCUUUGAUUGCAACGGCCUUUACAAAUGGAUACCAUUGAGCAGGUGCUUUCGUUGCCAUCUCACUCUGAGAGCAUACCUGGAUGUCCAGGCAAGACUGGGCGAAGUUUCUGAGUGGCCCUUUGUUUAGGUGAUGUCACCAGACACCUGUUCCCCCACCAGCCUCACUCCCCAUCCCAACCAGAGAUGGCUCACUUCGGAUCGAGGGCGGACUACAUCUCAUCAUCUCGCGAAUCUGCUGUAAUAUAAGACGACAGCUUUUAAAUGUGUAUAUAUAUCCCAUGAUUUUGGGUUUUUGUUUUGUUUUGUUUUUCUUGAUGGUUUCCCUUCCUCUUCUCUCUUACCCCUUCUCCUUUGAAAUCUCUUUGAAUCACAUUUGGUAGUGAUUUUGACUUAGUCCAGUAGUCGUAGAGCUUUAAUAUCUAGUUCAAAGCUAACCAUAGUAUACUUGUUAUCUUAAGGUAUUUUUUUUUCUUAAAAAAAAUUUUUUUUUUUUUUGGUGUGGCUUGUUUUAAUUCUGUUCUCACUUUUAAAGGAUGCCGAGAUGGUAAUAUUACUCUCACUAUUUUGGUACCAAUUCUGAGACUGUAUGAAUUUUCAGGUGGAACCUGAGCACACACACAGAAGCGAGGUCGUGAAGCGUGGAGCGGGAGGUGGGCAUACAUUUUCUACUUUGCGUUGUAGGAGAAGCGCGAUGUCGUAGGCUAAUUAACAGACUCUCUAGCGGUUCUUCUUUUGUGAUGUCUCUUUGUUAACCUGAGUAUAUCUAUUUUCGGCAAUAAGGUAAGGACGACCGUGUUUGGAGGGUCCUCCUUUUCUAUAAGUGCUUUUUUUCUGUUGAAAGAGGUGAUAUUAUAAGGUUUUUUGCAAUUGUGACUUCUAAAAAAAGAAAUGUUGUAAAUACAAUUCCAUUAACUUACAUACAAACUAUUAAGAAAGAGAGAAGCAAAACUAUUUUUGUGAGGGAGUCGGUCCCAGGCAGGUUGAUGCUCUGUUGGAAGGAGGAGGGGAAGGAACAAAGCAACCGAGUCAGUCGCUGAGACGGAAGGACCCCGGCUGCCUGGCCGACCCUGGGAAAAGUUAGAACACUGUUUAACUUCUCUUGUCUGUGUGAUAGACCUAAGAACUGUAUUAGUGUCAUACCAGCAUAUUAACCUCCGUCUGUGCACAGCUUCCGACGUUACCGUCUAGUUAGGUUUUUAUUUAAAAGAUGAAAAAACUGCUUUUCCCAAGACGUUUUUUAAAAACAAAGCUACAAUUUUAAUAUUUAACAUAUUUAAAGUUUCAAAGCACACCGGUUUGGCUUGGGUGGGGAGGGGUGGGGGGACAUUCUUUUUCAGUCUUAAUUUUUAAAGAUUUGAUCAUUUUCUAUUGUCCAAUCAUUUCAGCACCUCCAAAGGUCCCUAGGACACUUGGCCUCUCUUCUCCCCCUGCCCCCCCACCCCCAGCCACCCCCAGCCCCGGGGACCUGUGGGCCAGGAGCAAAUAAGCCUGCAUUAACGACACCUUUUCUCCAUUCACUUUCUAUUUACCAAUUAGGAAAGCAACCUUUUGGUUUAUAUAUAUUUUUUUUAAUACCUCAGUGCUGCAAGUAUCACCAGAGAGGCUAUGAAAGAAUUUUUUUUUAAUUUAUUGUAGAUGUACACAGAAUUUUAAAAAAUAAAAAGUAUAAACAUCGCUGCACUGUGACUGGUGGGAAAAACUGACAGUUUCCUGUUUGCACAUGUUUGACAUUUGGCUGUUAUAAUAUAUGGUCCUCAGUUGGGGAAAGAUACUUAUGAUGAAGGAUAUUUUUUAAUUUAACUUUUUUUUAAUAUUGGUAAUAGGUCGGCAACAGCAACUAUAGAAGUACAAGUCAAUAGAUGGCAUUAAAACAUACUGUAGUGUGGAUAUAUAUUUUUUUUCUUUUUUAAAAUGUGAUAUCGACGUUUUAUUAAUAUUUUUUAAAUUGUUACGUUUAUAAAUUUGGUACUUAAGGCACAGCCAGUAUGAGACACUGAAUGCGACAUUUAUUAUAAAGAGCUGCUGCACUCCUAUUUUUAUAAAUUUUACUAACCAAGUAGACUAAAUGUAGACAUUCACAGACAUGGUAGGGCAAAAGCAUCUUCAAGCAAAAGGCUCCAAAAUGCUAACUCAGAAAGAAAGAAAAAAAGCCUUUUUCUCCAUUCUAGUUAAACAGCGACAACAUUUUUUUUUUUUAAAUCAUGUUCUUUGUUUUUGCAAUAAAAUGGUAGGUUGUUUGGCGAGGGUUCUUUUCAUUUUUCUUUCUUUCUUAUUGUAGUUCCAAACAACCACGUGAAAAUGCUGGGCGCUUUUAAAAUAUCAAAACUCGUUCAAGGAAUAAAAUAACAAAAUAGAAGUUUUAUUUAAAAAAAAAAACAAAAAAAACAAAGAAAAAAAAAGAGACAAUAAAUUCCCAGAAAUUCAGUGUCUAGACUAGGGAAUUUAAUUACUAUUUUGUCCAUGUUGGUGAUGUACUGUCCUACCCUUCCUUUCUCUGCAUCCCCCGUCACCUCAUAGAAGACUCUUUGUUGAUCAUUGUCUGUUAAUAAUGUAUAAAAUGGCUAUCUUGUAAGCGUGCUGUCCUGGUACUAGUGUAGUCACUUUUUUUCUCCUCUUUCUUCUAGUACAUAUUGAUAGGUAUAACGUAAUUAAGGUUUAAAAAAAUUAGACAUAGUUAUUCAGAUUUAGGACCAGUAAGGAUAGAACUUUCUCUUAUUUAUGAAAAAAAAAUGCUCAUAAUUUUGGGGGCAGUUUUUUCCUUUGAAUUUUUUUUUUGUCAAUUUCAAGGUUUAAUUUCUUUUUUUUUCUUUCUUUUUUUUUUUUUUUUUUUUUUGCUGAUCUGACGUGGUUUCAACUAACCCAAGGUCUCACGAUGUUCAAAUGCCGGCAGACUCUACGGCGUUUUCUAGAUUCCCACCCCCCCUCCCACCUGCGAAGGGGUGUGCCAUACUACCUUAAAUGCUAACGCUAGAUAUGCAAAACUGGAUUUUUUUAAUUUAUUUUUUAAAAGAGGGAGGCAUGGUAUAUUAAAAUGAUUUUACUAAGAGAAAAAAAAUAUUUUUUUAAGAAUGCUCAGAAGAAAUUGAUAAUCUGUGUGAAUAUGUUUUAGAUGUUUAUAAUACCUUUUGAAGAGACCCAGUAGCCCAUAGCACAAAUCUCGUGGAAAUCUGAUAUGUUUUCAUGUGGCUACCUAGGUUACGGUUCACGUUAGUCGCCCCCACUCAUCUAGAAGUCCAUUUCGAAAGAUUUUUGUAAAUUCUUUUCGCACUGAUGUUCGGCCUUGUCUUUGUUUCCGUUAAGCUCAAUGGCGAAGACGGGAGCCACCUUCCGCCUUCCCUGGGGGACGCACCCUUGUGGCUGAUGGCUUUUCCCGGGGAUCAUAAAACAGCCACCAGGGGGGCAGGGACGUUCCGGCUUCUAGAUCCAUCUGCCUGGGGUCCCCAAACGCCUCUCCUCCCCCACGAAGAGGAGAGGGAGUGGCAUUAGCUCCUGGACCUGUUCCUGGUUCUACCUGGACGGGGAGCUGACAGGGGAUGACCGAGUCUUGGGGUCUCCUCUCCAGGAGCGUCUGCACACCUGGUCUGUGGCCUUCCUCACACCCAUUGGGAAAACCAAACAGCCUCGCUCUCUGUCCCCGUCGCUCAUUGGCUUGACUCAAACGAAGCCCCAACAGGCCUUUGUGUUUCUCUCCUUCAUGACCUUCAUCUUAAUUUGAACUUGUAGCUUGGACUUUAAGGUAGCAUGGCUCUAUUGCUGUCAAUUUAAUGUUUUACUGCACAGCAAUUCACAGCCAGUGAAUGUUACACACAUCUUGCUAGACUAGUAUAAAAAUCAUUGGGUAAGUGUUGGUUCUAAUGACCUGAAAGGUGUUCAGUUUUUGUUUUCCGUUUUGUUUUUUUUUCUUUCUUGGUUUUUUUUUUUUUUUCUCCUGUUCUUUUUCAUUUGGGGAUUUUGGAAAAAAAAAAUUUUUUUUUUUCUUGGUUCCAAAUAGCAAAACCAAACCUAUUUUGAUCUUUAGUGCAAACGAGGGCUAGGGACUUAGCCACCACCAUCACCACACUGCUUCAUUCUGCCAUUCACUCACUGCAGCAUAAUCGAGAAUAAAGCAAUAUAGUUUACUACAUUUUUUAUUGAAGGUCAGCCAUGCUUUCUGUAUUAUAUUGCAUAUGAAAUUGUUUACAAAAGAAACACUAACUCAUACUUCUCUUUAUCGGUUGGAAGUGGCACGCAGGGACAGAGGGAGGCUGAGGGGGGGGUCGCGGGGGGCGGGGGGAGGAAAGGAUUUUUUUCUUUCUUGAAUGUGCUUCACAAGCCAGGCUAUCUUCCAAGGAAGGCUGAAGGGGAUGGGGUAGGGGAAUGAGGGGAGCAGAGGGACACAUGCAGACAAGCACCUGGAAGAGAGACCCUGGGGGGGCUCCCUUUCCCUCACCCUAAGCAGAAAAGAAGCAGAAGUCCGCUCAGCCCCAUCCUGAGCACAGACACUACACAAAGGAGACGCUGUAUGUUAAGCAAUACUUUAAUACUGUAAUAUGUUUGUUUUCUUUUUCUUUCUUUUUUUUUUUUUCUUAACCAAAAAAAAAAAAAAAAGUAAGCAAACUAAAACAAAGAUAUAUAAACACAACCCACCCCUCUGGGGAAGCAACUGUAAUCCAAACACUUGGCUAUCAAAUCCACAGAAUGUAUUGUCACAGACGAGAGUUCAUUUCCAGGAGGCAGGGGCGUGCGGGAGAGGGGGAUGGGGACUGAGAGACAGAAGUUCCAGAGCCUUCCCGAAGGCUCUCUGCUCCUGUAUUCUGUACAUACUGUACCAUCCUGUGUGGCAUCUGUGAGUGUCCUCUCGAGUAGCGUGGGCUAGCCAAUCUGCCGUUCAUGGUGUAUCGUAAACUCGGAAUUCCAUAUGUAAUAGGAUGCAAGUCGAAGCGUUUCAUGUGGACAUAAAUGUAUCUAAAUAAAACUUUCCCUAGCACUGUGGCUGACCUCACCCUUACUUUUAUACUUUAGUAUGAAACUGAUGACAACUUUGGUAGUGAGUAUUUUUUUUAUAUAUAUACAUAUAUAUGUAUCUAUAUAUAUAUAUAUCUCAAGCAUCUUUCAGGUCUUUGUGUGUGGCUUUCUUAAAGCCCUGUUGUAAAAAAAUUACUAUGUGGAUGGCAGUCUCUCACAUCCCAGAUGUGGAAAGUAUAAUUUUAUAUUUGUAUUUUCAAAUAAAUAAGUUUGUGAAAGGUUUCCAUCCUCUACUGUGGUCCAGAAAUCAAUGUGUUUGUCUGACAAAAAAAAAUAAAAUAAAAUAAACUGUUUUGAA